AAAUUGUAUUCGUUACACGUUUAAUGCUUCCUUCGGGGUUUAACAUUAGAAAUUCAAAACAGUGAAUUUGUUAAAUAUACACUGUGGUUAUCAGGAAGACUUUCAGUUUUACGUAGUUUAAGAAAUACAAAAUAUGUGUUUGAUGUAUUAGGAGUUUUCACACGAAAGAAAUCAGCCUACCGUCACACUCACAGAGAGCCGACUGGACCUAUACGAUGCACAUUUGGAUGCCAUCAAACAUAUUCCAGUAGGGACAAACAUGUCUUCGGAGCGGUUUAUUGAUGGUCUAUGCGAGCCAAAUUUCGAUCUGAAGAACUGUAGUACGGGUUUACUUGUAAGCCCAUGCAGCUGUACGGACUACUCUCAAUGUGUUAACCAGGUGAUCGUCACCUCCCAGUGUGCCCCUGGAACCACAUUCGACGGAAAAGGCUGUACGGACGAAAAAUUUGUCUGUGAUGAUAACGAAACUCCGUGGAAUCGUUGCAUUGUUACAGACGAUCGACUUGAGCAGCUAAAGAUUCUGUGUAGUCCGAACAUCUCCACGACCUCUACUCAAACACUUCCGCAAACUACCGUGGCAUCUUCGCAAACUACCGAGGCACCGAGCGCGAUCUCGGCCGGUCUUGUGAUUGGUCUAAUCAUUGCCGGAGCAGUUUUUGCCAUCGUCGUAAUUGCCCUCGUCAUCUGGUUCAGGAAACGAAGGAAGCACUCCGGAAUACCCAGUAAGCGGGGAACGUUGGCGGAGAACCCUGAGUACUUUGAGAACGGGAACCGGGACGACCCCUACGACACAAUACCCGGCAGCAUACCGGACAUGAUGUCUGACCCCACCUACAACUCAGAGGUGAUCGAAAACUCAACAUUGUCUCCCUCGAACGGAACAUUUCUACCUAGCCGCAUGGAACCAGAGGAAGUAGAAUACGACAACUCCGCCUUUAAGGAAGAACCAAACAAGGAAGCUUCCGGUUACACGGACACAUUGCGGCGUUCUAUCCGCGAGUAUGAGACUCCUAUAAGUGCCACUGCAAAGAAAAGUGAAGGAACUUCAGCUGAUGAUACAGCAAGUGAUUUUGGUGCAAAUGGUUCAAAUUUGGUGGACGGUCGGCAUUCCGCGGACAUUUUCGACAGCGAUAUGAACACGGACCUGUAACUGGUUGGGCAAUGUGGUCGUCCGUGCCUUGUUCGGUCAUGUGGUCGUCCGUGCCUUGUUCGGUCAUGUGGUCGUCCGUGCCUUGGUUGGGCCAUGUGGUCGUCCGUGCCUAGUUGGGCCAUGUGGUCGCCCGUGCCUUGUUUGGUCAUAUGGUCGUCCUUGCAGUUUUCCACUGAGAUUUCUAUUAUAGUGCUUAUUUUAUUCUCGAUCGUGCAAUUCCUCGUGUAUAUGUUGUAUAUAGACAUGCAAUGAUUUUAUUGUUAGUAAAUGUCCAUAGGCCUCAAAAGCUGUA